AUGGAGCAGCACACUCUGAACUGUGUGGAUAUGGAUAUAAAAGGCACAGAGAAUCUUUUGGUGGACCAGAGGCACCAAGUGGUGUCCAAAAUUGUGGACGAGGUGCAGAAAAUCAUACAGCAGCUAACCACAGAAAUUAGCAACAAGGACUGCCGUUUUCAAGCAAUCUCCAACUCUGGCAUUCAUAAUGAGAACCUGAAGGAUCAGCCAGAACUGCUGGCCAAGUGGUCAGCGCUGCUUGAGGGGAAACGCCCCUUGCACCCAUCCAUCCAGGUCUUAACAUCAAGCCAGUUCCUCUUCACCAUCCCAUUGCUUGGCCUGUCUGGAUACAAAGAGGGACAGGUACGACAUUGGCGUUACUACACAGCACAUGGAGCAAAGCUCCUGUCUCCUGUCAGAGACCCAGAGGAGCUGCAACAGUGGCUGGAAGUGGAACAGUUUUCCAAGAGUCUUCAACAGUGGCAUGACAAAGAUGUGAACAUUGAGGGUGACCUUGUGCCUGCCAAAGUCCUCGCCGUCUUCCGAGAACUUGUGGAGAAAUCAAUUGUCUCAUGCAAUCUCAUGGACAAAGUCAGCAUUUUAGAAGGCUUCAGCUCAGUGGUUCGUGUUGCCAUCGAAACAGCCAGUUUCCAGGUGGAGGUUGAGCUGGCUCCAACGAUUGAGAUCCCAACUUGUUGGCCUCGGAAAAGCAAGUGGCCCCGAUGCUUCAGGCACUGGCCUUGCCAGGAAAAAGUGCAGUGUGUUAAGUCUUUUGGCUUUGAUCUCUUGGCCUCAUCCAAUUACCACUGGCACCUGAGCUUCUCACGAGCGGAGCGCAUAUUGAUGGAGGGACUUGAUGAAGAUGGCGGUUGCCGCAUGAAGUGUUUCCGGGUGGUAAGGCAAAUGAAGGAAGAUAUCUGGUGUGCAGGAAGUAAGCCCAUCCUCACAUCCUUCCACCUGCAGAUGGUGCUUUUUUGGACCUGUGAGAAGUACCCCCACUCCAAAGAUUGGUGCUGUUUCUACACAGGCUUCCUACGGAUAGUCAGAAAGUUGCACAAAUGUGUGAGCCAGCACUUCCUGAAGCACUUCUUCAUCCAGGGCACCAACUUGCUGAAGUACGCCAACACCAAUGACCUGGACACGGUGGCAGGCAAACUGGCUGUCUUCUUAGAGAAUCCGAUGAUUCCCCUAGACUGA